AUGAACAUAAGCGUUUAUAAAAGCAAAAUAUUCAACACGAAAGAUGUGGUCGAUGUAUGCAUACACCAGAGGCACCUGAAGCUGGAACCGUCCAGCUUUAAAGAUUCCGUUUAUAAAUUGAACGAGCAUAAAAUAAGUGUAGACCAGUUAGCAAAAGGAGAUGGGUCGUUCAUCACUGGGACGAAAUUAAAUGUAGGAGGGGGGGAAGAAGCCCCCAAAGGGCAGCAGAUCGGGACAGAAAAAUCCCGCAGCUAUCACAUGGACGAAUUGAAAUGCUUGUACUUAUUUUUCCUCAUAAAUAUGCUAAGGUUUAAGAAUAGUUUGGAUUUAAAUUUGAUAAGGAGCGUUUGUUGUUCAAUCAACAGCACCACGGAGUGUACUUGCGGGGUCGAGGGGUUGUGUCCCUCACAAAUUUCCCCCGCCCCCAGUCCAUCAUCACAAAAGGAGUCCUCACACAGUGAACUACUAAAACAGUUUUUCAUUUCAAAUUUGAAAAAAUGUGCCAAAUUGGAAUACAACCUAAAUGAUUUCAACAUGUGUAUAAGUGUUGUCUUAGAAAACUGUAGCAUAGUUUUUUUAAAUGCGUACAAAACGGUGUCCUUGUGCAAGUACCUGACCUGCUGCCUGUGUAACGUUCUGGAGUUAUUUCAGAUAAAUUCUGACGUCCUAUUUAAAAACGCCUUUAACAAUAAUGUGAAUAAUAGUAACAUACAAUCGAUAAAUGAGCUUAUAAGUAAGAUCAAAUGGAUGACACAUGAUUCUAAGGUGGAGAAGAAUAAGGACUUGUCCAAACGAUUUAGCGCAAACUUGUUAUUGUUUGUUUAUUCGCAAAGUAAACUAACGGACGACGGUGAAUAUUUUAUGUACCUCAUAAAUCAAAAUUUUAAGAACAACAUAGAUAGCUAUAGAAAUGAGUACACAGAAGAGAUGAACUCAUUAAAUAGCUAUAUCACCAUGUUGUGUAAAAAUAUGAAUGACACUCUUAGGGUCCACAUUAAAAAUGUGCUGGACAUUACAGCCAAAGUGGUACCAUUAUUCGUUGCGAAGAUGCACGAAUUUCUUACGGCGAAUGAGCAAAUUGUAGGAGAACACCCAGAUUUGAACAAGCCCUUGGCGAACGGAUUUAUAUUGCUAGAGGAUGGCAUUGCAGAAGGAAGCAAAUCAUCAAGUUCAAUUCUGUCCAAGUUGUAUGAAGAGAAAUAUUUAAAGAGCAUCGAAGAGAAGUUCGUACAGAUGAAGUUCCCUAAUGAGUUACAAAAGUUUAGCGAAAUGAACAGCAUAUUUUACGAGCUGCUAAUGCUGCUAACGGAUAUGAUUGUUCAGACUAACAUUAUGUACGACAUAAAGGCAUAUAACAAAGCGCUAGCACAAGUGUUGAAAAAUAAAAAAGUGUCAGGGGGCGUGCACCAUAUAGGGAUUGGGUGUCUGGAGUUUAAAAAUUUUCUCUACUCCCUUGUGGAAGAUAGGGAGGACUCACAAUUGGGCAUUUUUAAAAGAACAGAGGGGGAGGCAGACGAAAUGGUACCUAUGCGUGGAAACAAAAUUGUUAUCAAUAAUUUCUUCCCUUCGUUGAGGAGAAGAUUAAAUGUGUACAAAUUGGAUGACCAGAUAGGGGAAGUACUAAUCCAGAAGAAUAUCAAUUUUAAUUUGAAGGUUCCGAAAGGUGCGAAAGACUUUACAGGAGAAGAUAUGCAAUUGAGAAAUAUUUUUUUCGAUUUUGUUAAGAAGAAGUUUUUACUACACGGGGCAGUAGAAAUAGAUACCCCCAUUUUUGAACUUAAGGAGACUUUAACUGAUAAAUAUGGAGAAGACUCAAAAUUAAUAUUCGAUUUGAAAGAGCAAGGAGGGGAAAAUCUAUCUCUUAGAUAUGAUUUAACUGUUCCUUUAUAUCGCUUUGUCAACACAAACAAUAUAAAUUGUCUAAAAAGAUUUCAUAUUGGAAAAGUCUACAGAAGAGACGAACCCAGUAUGAACAGAGGAAGGUUUAGAGAAUUUUAUCAAUGUGAUUUUGAUAUAGUAGGAAAAUAUGACACUCUUCGUACAGACUUUCACAUUCUAUUCAUAUUUUGGGAUAUUUUAAAUAAUUUAAAAAAGGUGAUUGGUAAUUUUAACUGCAAAAUAAAUCACAGAAAAAUAUUAGAGUACAUGCUUCUCUCUAGUAAUAUUCACAAGGAUAAGGUAAAAACGAUUUCCAGCAGUAUAGACAAAUUGGACAAAAUAACAUUUCAGCAAUUUCGGGAUGAGUUAUUAAAUGAGAAAGGAAUCCCUGUCGAAUCGGUUGAUAUAAUCGAAAUGUACAUUUCGAAGACGCUAAGUUUAUCACCUUUUUUGGUCAUUGAAUUUUUGAGAAAUGAUUUAAGUGAAUCCCCUUUUGAAGAAUCUUACAAAAAUGAAGUGUAUCAAGUUAUAAAUCAUUUAGAGGAAAUUUUUGAGUUAUUAAAACAUUUUAAUAUGCUCAAUCAAUUUUCUUUUGAUUUGUCCCUUGCCAGGGGCUUGGAUUACUACACGGGGAUUAUAUUCGAAUUUGUUGUACUGUCCGAGACGGGACUAGGAAGUGUGGCUGCGGGCGGAAGAUACGAUUACUUAAUACGGAACAGGCGAAAGGAGUACAUCCCCUCCGUUGGCGCUUCUGUUGGUAUCGAGCGAAUCAUUGCCAUUGCUGAAGGGGUGGUAAAGAGGGGUGGCUUGUUUCUGGGUCCAGGGGAAAGUGGCCAUCUUACUAAGAAGGAGGUAACUAUGGAAGAUUCAACCCCCGGAAAAGUUGCUUCACCGGGGAAUGUCGCUACCCCCGCCGUAGGCCUGAAGGACAACUCGGUAGAUGUUCUCAUAUGCAACAUCAAGAAAAACUGCUUUAAGGAGACCAUCGAGUUGUGUAAAAAGUUGUGGGAGCAGGGCAUAUCGACGGAGUUUAUCUAUGUGAAGGACCAGAAGAUACAGAAGCAGCUGGUUUACGCUUUGGAGAAGCAGAUUCCCCUGGCGGUUAUAAUUGGUGAUGAAAUUGAAAGGGGCGUCAUCAAAUUACGAGAGCUCACACAGGACAAGGAGAAAUCAGCGGGGGAACGGGAAAUCAAGCUAGAAGAUUGUGUGCAGAACAUAAAAAGUUACUUCAGGGAAAACCUGACCUGGAAGCAGAACAUCACGAACGCUUUGUUUGGUCGUCCGGGGUUGUAG